CUAGCUAUGAUCAGCAAUUAAUAUAAUUGAAGUUAGAAGAUGGUAAUAAUGAGAGAUCCCUUAAUUCUUCUCUCAUGGGAAUGAAAACAUAGCUAACUUGUAAGUGGGUGGAUUCAAUAAUGAAGGCCCUGCAACCACAACUACAACUACCAGAUGACAAUAAGACAUAUGUUAAUAGUAAGAAUGAGGCUGCCAUUUCAGAUAUUAAAGGUGAACUUGAAGUAUUAUAUGAUUGCAUUAAGAAACUUAACGUACAGAGGAGGCAGGUUCUUAACGAUCUCUUCGACUUGAAAGGUAAUAUUCGAGUAUUUUGUCGGAUAAGACCCAUAAGCAUUGGCAAUCAAAAGUCAGUUGAAGCUUUGGAUUCAAAUCAAAUGCUCAUAAAUUUGGUUGACAAUAAGUCUAAAAUUUAUAGCUUUGACAAGGUUUUCCAUCCUUCUUCCUCACAAGGUGAGGUGUUUUCAGAAAUAGAACCAAUUAUCAAGUCCGCGCUGGAUGGCUAUAACGCCUGCAUAUUUGCUUAUGGACAGACGGGCACAGGGAAAACAUUCACAAUGGAAGGCACAGAGGAGUUUCCAGGGGUUGUGCCCCGUGCGAUUGAGGCACUUUUUAAGCACGCUGCGGACAGUAACCAUGCAUUUCUCUUCAAUUUCAGUAUGCUGGAGAUAUACAUGGGCUAUUUAAAAGAUCUCCUCACCCCACAUAGUCAGACUACAAAGUCAAUCUUCCCUUUACCACCAUGUCUUUCAAUACAAACACAUCCCAAUGGAGAAACCGAGAUUGAAAACCUUGUGACCAUCCAAGUAAAUGACAUGAACCAAGCCAUGAGACUGUACAAGUUAGGAUGUGGUUUCAGAUCCACUGCUUCCACAAAUUCGAACCGAACAUCAAGCAGAUCUCAUUGCAUGAUUCGCAUAUAUAUUUCCAGCAUUAGUGCUGGUAAAUGGAGAAGGUUAACAAACAAACUGUGGAUGGUCGACCUUGGAGGAAGUGAACGUGUCCUAAAAACAAAAGCACUGGGGAGAAGAUUUGAAGAGGGAAAAGCAAUUAAUCUCUCACUUUCUUCCCUUGGAGAUGUCAUCCAUGCCCUCCAAAGUAAAAAGCGACACAUACCUUACAGGAAUAGCAAGCUGACGCAAGUUCUUAAAGAUUCCCUAGGUGAUGAUUCUAAAACACUAAUGCUGGUUCCUGUUAGUCCCCAUGAAGGAGAUUUGUGCGAGACAUUGUGUACAUUAAAUUUUGCAACACGAGCCAAACGGGUUCAAUUAAGAAACGAAGAAUCAACAGAAGUUAAGGCAGAAAAGGAAGUUGCAAUAAAUAAUCUGCUGCAGAAGAUGAACCAAAUUGAGUACAACCGCAAUGAUGUCACACAGGAAAUCAAGAAGCUGAAUGAGAAACUAGGAAAGCUUACAAUAAUAUCGCCACCCUCUUUAACUGAACUAUUGGGUCUCUCAGAAGUAUGCAUUGAAGGGUUAGGGUCUAACAUGAGAUUUCAGAAAGAUAGUGUCACAUCUACCCCUUUAGCAGACUUCCCUAGAUUCAUGAGGCCUACUGUUUGUAGCCGAAGUAAAUCAGGAAAUGCUGGAGUAGAAUUCCAAGCCUUAAAAAGUAGAUCCUCGCUUCCUCCUAGAAAAGGGAAAGGAUCCACUCACUGUGCCAAGUCUAUGGAUUUCCCUAUAGAAGGAGCAUCAGAAUGCUACUCAGAGAGCAGUGUUUCCAAAACUAGCUGCCUUAUCAGUCCAACUACGAAAUUCAGUGCGGAUAAUGAGAAAGAAUUCAGCGAAGACACAUCUGAUAGUGACACUAAGGUGACAGUUUUUGCAAAACAACAUCUAUCAGAAAGAGGUUCUAUACACAAAAAGUUUAAUUUGAGACUCAGCAAAAAGAACCACGCAAAUACAAUGGAAAGAGUAUCAACCCAAAACCACUCAAAGGUUGAUAAUUGGCUUCAACUGCACAAAUGUGCAGCAAAUAUAAACAAUUCCACUCAUAAGAACAAAAGAAUUCUUGCGAUACCAAUUCCAGAGAAUAAAGCACGGGUCAGGGGCAGAAUUGUGGCAGAUUUACAUGAAGAAAAGGUCCCAGGCAAGGGGUUGAGAACAAGAAACACGAAGCAUAGAGAUGCAAAAUUAGUUGAUAUGGAGAAUCAUUUGAGCUCCGAGUUAGAAGAAGUCAAUGUGUCUCAUGCAGUUUUGAAGCACUUUAUCGCUUAUGAGAAGUCAUAUUCUGCAUGUCCAGCCUGCAAUAUUGAUGCAAUAACUCUGAAUGGAACACAAGGUCAAGUACUCAAGUCAACAUUUGAGGUCAGUGGACCUGCUGAUUUGAAUGAUCUUAAACUGAUCAUGCCAGACAUUGCAUAUCAAGAGACAUAUAAUAUCUCAGCAUCUAAGGUCAACAGCCUUAGCAUAGGCCUGAUAGAGAGUCCCUCUAGCUCAAAGAAGAAACCAAACUACGAAGAAAUGCAUGAUAUGGAAGAAAGUAACUUAGAGAAUAUGCAUGUCCCUGGAUGUGUUAGAGAAGGAACAAAGCCCUGCCACUAUGACUUAAGAUCUCCCAGCGCUUUGUCCAUUUGCAAAUCAAAUCAAAUGGAUUAUUACCUUGUUCCCAAACCACUAGACAACAGCAGAACUGGAGGGUUCCUUAGCCUUUUGAAACCAAAAGUACACAUCUUAUAUAGCAGCGCUCUUGCCGCAUUGGGAUUUGCAAGCCUAGGUCUUGGGCAUGACUUCUUCUAUGCUUUGACUCUCUAAACAACUGACCUAUGACAUGCCAGACAUGAUGCACAUUUGGAGUUUUCCUUUCAAAAACUAGGUACCAAGUGAUGCUGUAUUUCAUCCAAGAGAUAAAGAUAGAUGUUCAUUGGCUACUAGGCAACCGUGAGAGGUUAUAAUCUCGUUCCCAAGCUCAAAUUGUUCAUAAUGCAGGAAUUACAUAUGGAAGGUAACAAGGUCUCAACAUGUGUAAUGGUGGUUCCUUUAAGUGCCAUCUCAUGACUCUCCAAAUCAGGGUGAAAGGUCACCAUAUGUACACGUACCAAAUAUUUAAUCCCAUGAGUUAAACAGUAAAUUCAACUCUUUAGAACGUUAGAUGUUUUC